AUGCCGGCGGAGCGGCCGGAGCAGUGGCGCGCCGUCGCGAAGAUCGUCGCGGCGUCGCUGCUCUUCGCCGUCGCGCUGGCGCGCGCCGUCGCCUUCCGGCCGGCGGAGCCGCGGGACCUGGGCCUCGCCGUGGCGCCGCGGCCCGUCGGCGGCCUCGCCCGGGGCCCGCGGCCGCCCGACGACUUCCGCGCCUACUUUAGCGAGGCCGAGAUCCUCGACGCCGCGACGACGGCCUGCGUCGCCCACAACGGCACCUGGUUCGCGCGCCGCGAGCGCGGCAUCCUCGCGCUCAAGGACGACCGCCAGGGCGACUACUGCGAGGUCCAGGGCCCCUUCCGCGGCUACAAGCACUGCCCCGUGCCGUGCCAGCGCGCGGCGGCCGACGACCGCGGGCGGCACUGCCUCGCGGGCGGCGGCACGAAGACGUGCAAGGCGGCGGCGGACCCGCGGCACCUGCCCAAGCCGCCGGGCCCGGGGUCCUACGACGUCGAGGUGUUCAUUCGUACGUACCGGCGCGACCUCCUGGGCGGCGUGCUGCUGUACACGCUCGAGUCCGUCGCGCGCUACGGCGGCACGGUCGUCCGGGGCGCGAGCCUCUGCUACCCCGCCGAGGACGAUGCCCUUUUCGCCGCGCUGCCGGCCAAGUUCCCGACGCUGGCGAUCCGCCUGAGCCCCGUCGACGCGGAGCCCGGGAGGCCGCUCUUCCACGACUACGUCCACGCGGACCUCCACACGUCGGCGCCCUACGUCAUGCACCUGGACGGGGACAUGCUCCUCUACCACGAGCUCAGCGCCGGCGAGCUCUUCGACGCCGAGGCGUCGCGGCCGUUUUUUCGGGUCGCGCCGUGGGCCGACUUCCCGGACCGCGUCCGCGAGGCGAACAAGCCGGCCAUGGACUGGCUCGGCGUCGACGCGCUCGAGUACACGCUCCUGGGGCGCAUGGUCUAUCCGCGGGAGAUCUACGCUUGGAUGCGCGCGCGCAUCCGCAAGGUGCACAAGCCCCUGUCGCUCGCGAAGGCGCUCCGGAGGCGCGGGCCCAUGGACAACUACAGCCCCUUCGGCGCGCUCCUCCUCUACGUCCACCCGGACGCCGUCACCGUCGUGCGCCACCACCUCCGGAACCCCUACCUCCAGAUCGACGGCCGCAAGAUGACGGGCGAGUGGGUCAACGUCGUCGCAGUCGUCGCCGAAGCCGCGCGGGCGAAGAAGGAGGCCGUCGUCGAGGGCGAGCCGACGAUCGUCGCGCUGGCCAAGGCCAUGCCCGCGUCGCACGCCGCGGCGUUCAUCGCGGGCUGCGUGUUCACGCUUAUCUGCGUCGGCUGCAUGAACAUGAAGCUCCUGGACUCGGACCCCUACUGCUUCGGCGACGGCGCGCCGCCCGCGUCGCCGCGCGUCGAGGCGCGCAAGAUGGGCGAGUGCGAGGCCAACUCCGUGCACCUGUCAAAGCGGGAGAAGUUCCUCGCCGAGCAGGGCAAGAAGGCGUGAGCGCCGCCGUUCGAUAGGAGCUAAGGCCUCGACG